UCUUCCUCAGUCCUACUGCCUCACUCCACCCUACACACCCGUCUCACCCCACCCCGCUGUAUUAACGCUCCCAAUCCUCUUUGUGGGAGAGUGACGUCUGCUACUGUCAGAAACAGAGUUAAGCUCAGCAGGCACUGGGAGAACGGAGUGGAGAGAAGCUCCACAGAUAACCAAGCAGCACUGCGUUCUGGGCCUCCGGGGGGACGAAUCUCUGCCACCUAAGUAAGACCUGACUCUCCUCUCCAGCGGCUCCUCAUGCCUCCAGCUGGGGGUUGUCAUGGAUUUCUAAAUUUGGUGUGCCAAGAUAGUCGACUUCAUCAACAGUGAGGUGGUGGGGCCCUGUGGAGGUCGUAGCCCUGGAUUUCUUAGAGAUGGAGGGUCAUGGUUAUGACCGGUCUGGAGAUGGGGAGAGGGACACUUACCAAAUCGACUACCGGAGGAUCGUGGGGGACACGGAACCAGCACGGCCGCGCAUCCCAAACAGAGAUGGGGAACAAACUCAGUCCUACGGGUCCUUUGCCCACCCGAUGUCACAUGGACAUGGGCAUGAGACUGCAGCCCAGCGUUACAGUGCUACACGUAUCCAAGCUGGAUAUGAACCAGAGAGCAUGGCAGACUACCUGAUCAGUGGAGGCACGGGUUAUGUUCCAGAGGAUGGAUUAACAGCACAACAACUCUUUUCUAUCGGCGAUGGACUUACAUACAAUGACUUCUUGAUCCUCCCUGGUUUCAUAGAUUUUACUUCUGAUGAGGUGGAUCUAACCUCUGCGUUGACGAGGAAGAUAACCCUGAAGACACCUCUUAUUUCUUCUCCCAUGGAUACGGUCACAGAGUCAUUCAUGGCCAUCGCCAUGGCAUUGAUGGGUGGGAUUGGAAUAAUUCAUCAUAACUGUACUGCUGAGUUCCAGGCCAACGAGGUGCGCAAAGUCAAGAAAUUUGAGCAGGGCUUUAUUACAGAUCCGGUGGUGAUGAGUCCCCGACACACAGUGGGGGACGUGUUUGAGGCAAAGACACGCCAUGGUUUCUCUGGGAUCCCUGUAACAGAGACCGGCAAGAUGGGCAGCAAGCUGGUCGGCAUUGUCACCUCCAGAGACAUAGACUUUCUGUCUGAGAAGGACCAUGACAGACCCCUGGAGGAGGCAAUGACGAAAAGAGAAGAUUUAGUUGUUGCACCCGCUGGAGUCACACUAAAAGAGGCUAAUGAGAUACUGCAACGUAGCAAAAAAGGAAAACUCCCCAUAGUAAAUGACAGCGAUGAGCUGGUUGCCAUCAUUGCGAGGACUGACUUGAAGAAGAACAGAGAUUAUCCUCUGGCCUCCAAGGACUCCCGCAAACAGCUGCUGUGUGGAGCUGCAAUCGGUACAAGGGAGGACGACAAGUACAGACUGGACCUACUCAUGCAGGCUGGGGUGGACGUGGUAGUCCUGGAUUCCUCCCAAGGAAACUCAGUGUAUCAAAUCAAUAUGAUAAACUACAUCAAACAGAAAUAUCCUGAACUACAGGUAGUUGGAGGAAAUGUGGUGACAGCUGCUCAGGCCAAAAACCUCAUAGAUGCUGGUGUGGAUGCCCUGAGGGUGGGCAUGGGUUGUGGCUCUAUCUGUAUCACACAGGAAGUGAUGGCAUGUGGACGGCCCCAAGGUACAUCGGUGUACAAGGUUGCAGAGUAUGCCCGACGUUUUGGAGUGCCAGUUAUUGCUGAUGGGGGCAUUCAGACUGUUGGACAUGUGGUGAAGGCUCUGUCCCUGGGAGCAUCAACGGUGAUGAUGGGGUCAUUGCUCGCGGCAACUACUGAAGCUCCAGGAGAGUAUUUCUUUUCAGAUGGCGUCCGUCUGAAAAAGUACAGAGGAAUGGGCUCCUUGGAUGCCAUGGAGAAAGAUAACAGUCAGAAACGUUACUUCAGUGAGGGAGAUAAGCUGAAGGUGGCUCAAGGCGUCUCAGGAUCAGUGCAAGAUAAAGGCUCCAUUCACAAGUUUGUUCCCUAUCUCAUUGCUGGUAUCCAACAUGGCUGUCAGGACAUAGGAGCCAAGAGUUUAUCCAUUUUACGGUCGAUGAUGUACUCUGGAGAGCUGAAGUUUGAGAAGAGAACCAUGUCUGCUCAGAUCGAGGGAGGAGUCCACGGCCUCCACUCAUAUUCUUUUGUGCCAUUUACGAGAAACGACUUUACUGAGGCAGGAGGAAGAGGAAACACUCGAGCAGGACCAAAUGUCCCGACCCCAGCAGCUAUGAGCAGAUGCACCGGGCGCAUGUAAUCAAACUACAAACAGAAAGCUGUACAACAUACACCCUCUAAAACCUGAGACUGCUUUUCUGUGUUCUCCCAAAUUGUUCUUGUCUCUCCCGUCUCUGACCCCUUCAAAGGUGGACAAAACAACACACUUGAACUUGAAUUAAAAGUUCAAACUCCACAUGCAGUCACGUCCACAUUUGAACUCUUUAUCUGUCUUUCUUCCACUGUGGCCAAGGUGCAGUGGAGGUGAUGUAAUUACCUGAUCCCUUUCAACAAGCAAACUGAUGUAGCUUCUUUAGGACAAGCUUAUCAUUGCUGAUCUAACGGGAGGCCCAGCUCCUGGUUGGCCUCUGAAUUUGCACCUUGAUACAGGCGAGUAGGCAAAACAACACAGCUUGCAGAGGUGCAGUAUUAGUUUCACUACACAAUGUAUGUGUAGUGGAGCGUGCAUAAACUUUUAGACGACAUUAAGCUGUCAGAUACUUUAUUUACAAAAUAAAAGACACAUAAUUCUGGCAAUAAUUGUUUACCAUUUAAUUUCAGAAAAAGAGUAAAGUAAACAGUAAAGUUACACAGCCACAUUACAAGCUCUGGCACGGUAACUUGUGUAUAAAGCUUACUUAACCAGGAGGAAACAUCUACAUAUAGUACAAUUGUGUUCUCAUUAUCUUCUAACAACACCUGUUAGUUUUAAUUUCUCUAACAGAUGAAUAUUUAGCUUUUACAUAAUGGAUUCUCUGCUCAGAUCACCCUGUAUGUAUUCUCACCUCCAGAUUGUGAGCUCUUUCAAUGUGCUGCUGCUGUUGCAGAAGGGACCAAAACGUAGCAUCAGCCUUAAUUCACAUAUUUUAAUCAAGGAGGGCUUUAAAGGAGCGAUCAUGUGUAAUCUCUUCCUGGAUUUUCGUCUGCUCACCUUAUUUGAUGCAGAAAAUACUCGCUAACAAAAUGUUUGAGUGACAAGACAGAAGACUAUACACACUUUACAUUUUUGAUUAUCUGAUUAUAAUUCCAAACACUGCUCAUUUUAUAUUCAUACUGCAAAUAAGUCUGAGUCACAUUGGCUUGACAUGUUGUGAUCUUCGAUCAUUUCAUUUAGCAAAAACACAGUAUUAAUUACAUGGCUAUUGACUGUACAUAAUACAUAAUAAAGGUAGUUAUUCUCUUUUUCAGGUUAAAAACAUUAAUUUAGGAGUCAAUGAAAUAGAGCGAUAAAGUCAGUGCAGAAGGGUUGUAACAAAACAGUUGCCCAGGAUAGAUUAAUUUCUUUAUGGAGUUGUAGACAAAAAGUUAUUUCAAGUUGAUUUAUCAGUUUUAAGUGUGAUUUCUUAGUUUUAUGGGUGGAAUUCAACAUCUUUGGUAUAACGUGUUGUUUUAUGAUAAACAGUUGAUGUUAAUCAUGCAAUAACAUGCAAUCAAAUAAAUGAGCUAGUGUACUGGUUGAUGAAGUUAUUUUACAGUUCUUUAUAGUUUCUUAUUUAAAGGUUACAGAAAAUAUAAAUAUUUUCUUUCAUCACCCACUGGUUUCAAAAUGAUGUCUAUGUUAAUAGUCUUGCACGAAUAAAGAUAAUUUUGAAAACGGCGUUUUGAUAUUGUUUUAGGAAUUCUGUCAAGUCUCCAGAAGUCUGUAUGAAGAACAUGUUCUGCGAAAUAUAUUUAAAAUGUAACCACUUCAAUUUUCACUUGAACUCUUUCACAAGUGUAAGAUUAUUGCACCUUUGACUGUAGUACUACUAAUAUUU